AUGGCAGGUAGAAAGCUUCCAAAUAAUCUGAAACUCGGUGUGGCAACAUCUGCUUACCAAAUCGAAGGCGCCUGGAAUAGUGAUGAUAAAACUCCAAGCAUUUGGGAUGUCAUGUGCCACCAGCCAAACAAUAUCGAAGAUAAUACAACAGGAGACGACGCGUGCAAGUCUUAUUAUUUCUACAAGCGUGACAUCGACAUGCUGAAAUUUCUUGGUGUAGACUUUUACAGGUUUUCCAUUAAUUGGACCAGAUUAUUUCCUAAUGGAUUCACGAACAUAACAAGCUCUGCUGGUCUUGAUUAUUACAACAAUCUUAUAAACGAACUACUAGCGAAUAACAUAGAACCAGUAGUGACAAUGUAUCAUUGGGAUUUACCGCAAAAAUUACAGGAUUUGGGUGGUUGGGCGAAUCCUUUGAUAGCAUAUUGGUUUGAAGACUACGCGCGAGGAUUGUACAAACUGUUUGGAGAUAGGGUUAAGACGUGGAUUACAAUAAACGAGCCACAUCAAAUAGCGGUGUUUGGAUGCGGUAUGGACAUGCUAGCUCCCAGAAUAAAUUGUCAUGGUAUCGGUGAAUAUUUAGCAGCUAAAAAUAUUUUAAUGGCGCAUGCUAGGGCUUGGCAUAUAUAUGAUGAGGAGUUCAGAAAAUCCCAAAAUGGUGUGUGCGGAAUAGUAAUAGCGUCCGAUUUUGCUCAAGGAGCUACAAACAAUAUAAAAGAUGUAGAAGCCAGUGUAGAUGCUGUUGAAUUCCAUAUAGGGCUCUACAGCCAUCCAAUAUUUUCUUCAGACGGUGAUUUUCCAGAACGUGUUAAAAGAAGGGUCGCUGCUAAGAGUCUAGAACAAGGUUAUCCAAGGAGUCGUUUGCCCGAAUUUACAAAUGAUGAAAUAGAAUACCUUAAAGGUACUAGCGAUUUUUUUGGAUUUAAUCAUUACACUACAUACUUUUAUACAAGAGCAAACUAUGAAUCCAGUAUCAUUCCUUCAUUUUAUGAUGACAUUGGCGCCAAAAUAGUCGAAAUGAACUUUGAAAAGGGGGUAACAUUUCAAUGUACGAUCGUACCUAAAGGAAUAAGAAGAGCUUUAAACUGGGUAAAAGAUACGUGUAAUAACCCAAAUAUUAUGAUAUUUGAAAAUGGCUUCGAUUCAUACGGGGGAUUGAAUGAUUUGAACAGAGUAUCAUAUUAUAGACAAUAUUUCGAUGAUAUUUUGGAUGCAAUUGAAAUUGACGGCUGUAACAUAACUAGAUAUACGGCUUGGAGUCUAAUGGAUAAUUUUGAGUGGGCCUCUGGAUCUAGAUUAAAAUUUGGCCUCUUUCAAGUUGAUUAUGAUGAUGAAAAUCGUAAGCGUUCACCUAGGUGUUCAGCAAUAUGGUACAAACAAUUGAUAUCAACAAGAACCCUAAAUCUUAAUUAUGUUCCUUUGCUUGAAGACAUUUGUUUUUAA